AGUAAGAAUUCUUCUGUUUUUCUGUCCGCUCACCUCCCUUAGCCCACCCACAGCAAACACACAUAGAAAAAAACAAAAAACAUCUUCGCACCAAAACCAUUCGCACCAACUUGUCGUCUGGGUGGAACUGGAGGUGGUAUUUCUCUCACCACCGGCUACACUCUUUCCUUCUCACCCAAUUAGCUAUUUCAAUUAUUAUAACAUAAAUUAAUUAAUAAUUAAAAGACAUUUCUUUGUUCUGGAAUAUACCCACUACUACAACCACUUGUGUUGUUGUAUCAAUCUCUAUUUCAUUUCACAUAUUUCACCAACCUAAAUUCCUUCCCGGAUCUCACAAAUAUCACCGUAGAUCUACACUUUUAACAAUCUCGUCGUUUCAAUCCACCGGUUGCCGUUUUGCUUUUAGAUCUAUUAACUUAAAAUGAAAACCUAAAUACCUAAUCGCUAUCUACGUUUCAACUCAACAAUAUAGAACAAUAGAAUCUUCCGAUAUUUUAGUUUUCGCGUUUCGUUAGCGUUUUCUUCACUUCACAAACCAAACGCAAGAGAGAAAAAGCACUUAAUCAAUUCUCUUCAAUCGGAUUCUCCGAUUCUCCGAUCCACGCACGCGCUUCGCCGAUGGAUUUGGACGAUUUCCGAUCCAUACUAGACACGGCGGGCGUUGACGUGUGGUUGUUCAUCGACACCGCGAUAUCCGUCGCUUCUCUGGACAACGCCGGAGAGUUGAAGCAACGGAGAGACGGAAUCGUCGAGCGUCUUUACGCCGCCACCACUGCUCCUCCGCUUUGUCAGAAUUGUGAAGGCGGAGGGAGCCUUUUGACUGAGGGAAACCAAAUCAGGAAACAGAGUAACCCUAGUUUAAGCCCUGAGCAAAAUCAGCACCGUCGCGGCGGCUCGUCUCCUCCGACGCCGCAGUCGCAGGGGAACGAUGAUGAGGAAGAUGAGGAGAUAGAUCCUUACGGCGGUUUGUUCGAUGAUGGACAGAGGAGGAUUCUAGAAAUUAAAGAGUUGCUUGAAGAUCCGAGACAGACUGAAGAUACUUUGUUGGAGUCACUGCAAAAUCUGGUGGAUAUUGAUAUUACAUUCCAAGAGUUGAAGGAGACUGACAUUGGGAGGAACGUGAAUCAGUUAAGGAAACAUCCAUCCAGCGAUGUUCGCAGUUUGGUGAAGCUACUUGUCAAGAAGUGGAAAGAAAUUGUUGAUGAAUGGGUGAAGUUGAAUCCAAUAAGAGGAAAAAACACUGUCAUGGCUGAUGGAGACUCUCCUUUGCAGAAAACCACCCCAAAUGGGCAUCAUCAUCAGAUUCCUGAUUUUGCAUACUCACCAAAUCCACAGAAUGGAAGCUCUGGUUCUGACCGUAACACUUCCGAACUAGAACCAAAACCUAAACAAAAACCGAAUCUUCCACGCAAAGAACCACCUCCAAAACUAAGGCCAUCACCCCCAGUUGCCGCUCCCCCUACUCAAAAUAGACAGAGAGAACAAAGAGAGAGCAAUUUUGAUGCCGAGAGGCUUGCAUCUGCAAGAAAACGGCUUCAAGAGAACUAUAAAGAAGCUGAAAAUGCCAAAAAGCAAAGAACUAUUCAAGUGAUGGACAUACAUGAGUUACCUAAGUCAAAAUCAAAGAACACUUUCUUUGCAAAGAACAGAGGUGGUGGCAGUUCUCACGGAAGGCAGUGGUGAUACAAUGACCAGCUUUUGAUGCAAAUUUCAAGUGUAGAAAAAGAAAAAAAAGCUUGUGGGAGAUUGGGAUGAUAUAUAUAAGUCCUCAACCGUGUUACUCCCUCUCCCUCUGGAUUUUCCUCCUCACUAUAAACUUAUUUUUUCUUGUGGUUUUUAUUUGCUUAAAUUAAUAAUCACUGAAGAAAAAAAAUUCUCCAUAACAUUUCCAUUUUUGGAAAAAAGGCUUAUAUAAGCAGUUUUUGUUGGUAUGUUAAGGAGCAUAUGAUUUCAAGAAUCAGGAUUGGGGAUGGAAUUUGGGUGACAAAUGUUUUUCGUUAAAGAUAUGAAAAUGGUAUUUUCAUUUCA